CCUGCUUUUCCUUCAUUACUUCCACUGCAGUCCGCUUUUUUAACGACCAGUUCGACCUUUCUCGUCGUUCUGCACGUCCAGCACCCACUCUUGAACCGCUAUGUCGGCCUACGAGCAUUCCAGAGUGCAGCAUUUCAUCGGCGGCAACUCUUUGGACGUCGCGCCAUUGAGUAGCAUGCUCGAUUUCGUCAAGGAGCACGGAGGGCAUACUGUGAUUACUAAAGUUCUCAUCGCGAACAACGGCAUUGCUGCCGUGAAGGAAAUUCGUUCCAUACGCCAAUGGAGCUACGAGACGUUCGGACGGGAGCGUGAGGUGGAGUUCACCGUCAUGGCGACUCCAGAAGACUUGAAAGUCAACGCCGAGUACAUUCGUAUGGCCGACAGGUAUGUCGAGGUACCGGGAGGCUCGAAUAACAACAACUACGCCAAUGUCGACCUCAUUGUCGAUAUCGCUGAACGUGCAGGAGUGCACGCCGUAUGGGCUGGAUGGGGACAUGCCUCUGAGAACCCGCGUUUGCCGGAGAGCUUGGCGGCGAGUAAAAACAAGAUUGUUCCUACCAUGCCGUGGUCUGGGACUGGCAUCUCAGACACUGUCCUCUCGAAGGAGGGUUAUGUCACCGUUCCUGACAAAGCAUAUAUGGAUGCUUGUGUCACUUCGAGGUCGGAGGAGAUAGGGUACCCUAUCAUGAUCAAGGCUAGUGAAGGUGGAGGAGGAAAGGGUAUUCGAAAGGUAGAGAGUCCUGAAGGAUUCAAGAACGCGUUCCACGCUGUCGCCGGAGAAAUUCCUGGAUCUCCAAUUUUCAUUAUGAAGCUCGCCGGACAGGCACGUCACCUGGAGGUUCAGCUCCUUGCUGAUCAAUAUGGAAAUGCAAUCUCUCUCUUUGGACGUGAUUGUUCCGUCCAGCGACGUCACCAGAAGAUCAUUGAAGAAGCGCCCGUGACGAUUGCGCCCGAGAAUACCUUUGAACAGAUGGAGAGGGCUGCUGUUCGUCUGGCAAAGUUGGUGGGAUACGUCAGUGCAGGGACUGUCGAAUACCUAUACAGUCACUCUGAGGACUACUUUUACUUCCUUGAACUGAACCCACGUCUUCAAGUCGAGCAUCCAACUACCGAGAUGGUCUCUGGCGUCAACUUACCCGCUGCACAACUCCAAGUUGCUAUGGGAAUUCCCCUUCACCGUAUUCGGCAUAUCCGCCAACUCUAUGGUGUCGCGCCAAACGCGUCUUCCGAGAUUGACUUUGACAUGAUCAAGCCUGAUGCCAAUCAGCUUCAGCGCAAGCCCCGCCCCAAAGGACACGUCGUCGCUGUUCGUAUCACCGCCGAGAAUCCCGACGCUGGAUUCAAGCCGUCCUCCGGUUCUCUGCAAGAACUGAACUUCCGCUCCAGCACGAAUGUUUGGGGCUACUUUUCCGUUAGCACCGCUGGUGGAUUGCACGAGUUCGCCGACUCGCAGUUCGGUCACAUCUUUGCUUAUGGCGAGGACAGAAGCGAGAGUCGAAAGAACAUGAUCAUUGCUUUGAAGGAGAUCAGCAUUCGUGGAGAGUUCCGGACGACUGUCGAGUAUCUGAUCAAGUUGUUGGAAUUGGAGGCAUUCAAGAACAACACCAUCACUACUGGAUGGCUCGACUCCCUUAUCAGCAAUAGGCUUACCGCAGAGCGCCCUGAUGCAACUUUGGCUGUUAUUUCUGGUGCCGUUACCAAGGCGUACCUAGCUUCUGAGGCCUGCUGGACCGAGUACAAGCGUAUUUUGGACAAGGGCCAAGUUCCUUCUCGGGAUACCUUGAAGACGAUUUUCAGCAUCGAUUUCAUCUAUGAAAACGUCCGGUACUCCUUCACUGCCGCGCGUUCUUCUAUGACCGUGUGGACUCUCUACCUCAAUGGUGGACGGACCAUGGUUGGCGCACGUCCUCUGGCUGAUGGUGGAUUACUCGUCUUAUUGGACGGAAAAAGUCACUCUCUGUACUGGCAGGAGGAGGUUGGUGCGUUGAGGUUGAUGGUUGAUGCCAAGACCUGCUUGAUCGAGCAAGAGAAUGAUCCUACGCAACUGAGGAGUCCAAGUCCCGGAAAGCUCAUCCGGUACUUUGUCGACAGUGGCGACCAUAUAAAUGCUGGUGAACAGUAUGCUGAGAUUGAGGUCAUGAAAAUGUACAUGCCACUCGUCGCCUCCGAAGACGGUAUUGUACAGUUGAUCAAGCAGCCUGGUGUCAGUCUCGAGCCUGGAGACAUUGUCGGUAUCCUCACGCUGGAUGACCCGGCUCGUGUGAAGCACGCUAAGCCUUUCGAAGGCCUUCUUCCCUCAAUGGGCACACCUGGUGUCGUCGGGAACAAGACUCACCAGCGCCUGGUCUAUUGUCUGACCGUCCUCAACGAUAUCUUGGACGGCUUCGAUAAUCAGGCAAUCAUGGCAUCCACCGUCAGAGACUUAAUUGAAGUUCUCCACGACCACGAUUUACCUUACUCGAAAGUCAGCGCCAUCCUCUCGGCUCUUUCGGGCCGCAUGCCAUCAAAGUUGGAGGACAGCAUACGCGCUGCCCUUGAUGCAGCCAAGGCUAAGGGAGAUACCCAAGAGUUCCCUGCCGUUAGAAUCAAGAAACUUCUUGAGCAUUAUGUUCAGGAUCAUGUUCUUCCUCAAGAUAGGGCCAUGUUCCGCACUCAGCUUGGUGAUCUCUUUGACGUCGUCGAACGGUUUAUGAGUGGCCUGAAGGGACAUGAGACCGAGACGAUCACGAAUCUUUUGGCGCGCUAUGAGGCGACUGAGAAGCUCUUUGGUGGAAGCAUUGAAGCUCGUGUUUUGGCUCUUCGUGAUCAACACAAGGACGACUUGGACAAGGUCGUCGCCCUUGUUUUGAGUCAUAUCAAGGUCCAGAGCAAGGCAAAGCUUGUCAUGACUCUCCUUGAUCAUGUCAAGACUGGCGGACUCGCUGUAUCGGACCCGGAGAGCCGACUCUACCAGGUUCUGCAAGGUCUCGCUGCUCUUGAGGCGAAAUCCUCGACGUCUGUGUCUCUGAAGGCUCGUGAAGUGUUGAUCUUUGGUCAGAUGCCAUCAUAUGAGGAACGCAUGGCGCAGAUGGAGUCUGUCCUCAAGAACUCAGUCACCAAUCAGUACUAUGGUGAGCAAGGCCGGGGUCGAAGGACUCCUUCCGCUGAAGUGUUGAAGGAGCUUAGUGACUCUCAAUUCACCGUAUACGAUGUGCUUCCGACGUUCUUCAACCACCCUGACCCUAUGGUCACUCUUGCCGCGUUCGAGGUAUACGUCCGCCGCGCGUAUCGAGCAUACAGCGUGCUUUCGAUUGACUAUGAAGAGGGUGAUACCUUAGACGAUGGCGAGAUUCCUAGCGUCCUGACAUGGCGGUUCAAUAUCGGACAAUCUCAUUCUCCUCCGUCAACACCGCGUAUCGCAUUUGGUGAAACCCGUCGCUCUGCUUCAGUCAGCGACCUGACAUAUAUGAUCUCCAAGAACCAGGCCCAACCCAUCCGCACGGGUGCUAUUGCUUCCUUCCCCGACUUCGCUGCCCUUGUCCGCGGUUUCGGGAAAGUUGCAUCCAUGUUGCCGCUGUUCGAUGCUGAGGAACACAAGCAGCGUCAUGGAAAGGAUGACCAGCCGCCUAACGUCAUCAACAUUGCUUUACGUCUAUUCAAUAAAGAGGACGAUAUGUCCGAGGAUGACUGGUUCGCUAAGAUCACACCAUUCAUCAAUGAACAGCGUGAAACUCUGGCUCGUCGCGGCGUCCGCCGUGUAUCCAUUCUCCUUUGUCGACAAGGACAAUACCCUGUUUACGUUACCCUUCGCGAGGUCGACGGUGUGUGGGGUGAGGAGCAAGCUAUUCGUAACAUCGAGCCCGCUCUCGCUUUCCAGAUCGAACUCAGCCGUCUCAAGAACUACAUCUUGAAGCCCGUGUUUGUCGAGAGCAAGCAAAUUCACAUGUACCAUGCUGUUGCGAGGGAGAAUCAGUUGGACAACAGGUUCUUCAUCCGCGCGUUGGUGCGGCCUGGUCGUCUUCGUGGCACCAUGAGCACAGCCGAGUACCUCAUUUCGGAGACCGAUCGACUGGUGACGUCUGUUUUAGAUGGGCUCGAGUUUGUUUCCGCCCAGUACCGCAAUGCCGACUGCAACAACAUCUUCAUCAACUUCGUCUACACACUCGCUGUGACCUACGAGGAUGUUCUAGCUGCCAUCUCUGGUUUCAUCGAGCGCCAUGGCAAGCGGUUGUGGCGUUUGCAUGUCACUGGUUCUGAGAUUAGGAUUGCUCUGGAGGAUGAUGAAGGCAAUGUCACCCCCAUUCGUUGUGUCAUCGAGAAUGUAUCCGGCUUCAUUGUCAACUACCACGCCUAUCAGGAGAUCACGACGGACAAGGGUACUACCAUUCUCAAAUCGAUUGGUGAGAAGGGACCUCUUCACCUGCAACCCGUCCAUCAAGCAUAUCCUACAAAGGAGUCCUUGCAACCCAAGCGGUACCAAGCUCAUCUGAUUGGUACCACUUACGUCUACGACUUCCCCGACCUUUUCUCGAAGGCAUUGCAAAAUGUUUGGGCUAAGGCGCGCAAGAGUGACAUGUCUCUUGUGCCGCCGAAGUCGUUCUUAGAAUCCAAGGAGCUUGUUCUUGAUGAGCACGACCAGAUCACUGAGGUAGACCGUGCACCGGGCAACAAUACUUUCGGAAUGGUUGCUUGGGUAUUCACUAUGAAAACUCCAGAGUACCCCAACGGACGAAGAGUGGUUGCAAUUGCCAACGAUAUCACCUUCAAGGUCGGUUCGUUCGGGCCUCUUGAAGAUCAGUUCUUCUUCCUCGUCACUCAAUAUGCUCGGGACCAUGGUAUUCCUCGCAUCUACCUGUCUGCCAACUCGGGUGCCCGAAUUGGUGUUGCUGAUGAAGUCGUCCCGCUACUCUCUGCUGCAUGGAACGAUGACGCACAACCGGAGAAGGGCGUCGACUAUCUCUAUCUAACACAUGAGAACUUCCUCAAAUUGCAAGAGAAAGGCCCCUCUGUAAAGACGGUCGAGGUCCAUGAGAAGGGCGAACGCCGACACAAGAUCACCGACGUUAUUGGCUUGCAGGAUGGUUUGGGUGUAGAGUCGUUAAAGGGCUCUGGUCUCAUUGCUGGAGAGACGUCGCGGGCAUAUGAUGAUAUCUUCACGAUCACUCUGGUUACCGCCCGUUCCGUUGGUAUUGGUGCCUACCUUGUUCGUCUUGGAGAGCGUGUCGUCCAAGUCGAGGGUCAGCCUAUCAUUCUCACUGGUGCCGGAGCCCUCAACAAAGUGCUCGGCCGAGAGGUUUAUACCUCUAACUUGCAACUUGGUGGCACCCAGAUCAUGUUCAAGAAUGGUGUUUCGCACCUUACAGCCAGCAGCGAUCUCCAGGGUGCUACCCAUAUUUUGGAGUGGAUGUCCUACGUUCCGGAUGUCAAGGACGGCGCCAUUCCGGUUCGUGAAACCCCCGACAGCUGGGACCGUGACAUUGGCUAUACACCGCCGAAGGGCCCAUAUGAUCCCCGUUGGUUCAUCGAAGGAAAAGAGGAUGAGACUUCGUCAGAGUGGCUGAGUGGAUUCUUCGACAAAGGUACCUUCCAAGAGACGUUGAGUGGUUGGGGUCAAACAGUUGUCGUCGGUAGGGCCCGUCUCGGCGGCAUUCCUAUGGGUGUGAUUGCCGUCGAGACUCGCACCAUCGAGCGCAUAGUCCCUGCUGAUCCUGCCAACCCGGCGUCAUUCGAGCAGCACAUCAUGGAAGCCGGUCAAGUAUGGUACCCCAAUUCCGCCUACAAGACUGCCCAGGCAAUAUUCGACUUCAACCGGGAGGGUCUUCCUCUCAUUAUCUUCGCCAACUGGCGUGGUUUCUCUGGAGGACAACAGGACAUGUACGAUGAAGUCUUGAAGCAAGGUUCAAAGAUUGUGGACGGUCUCUCAAGCUACAAGCAACCUGUCUUCGUCUACAUCGUUCCUAAUGGGGAGCUUCGUGGUGGUGCUUGGGUUGUCCUAGAUCCUUCUAUCAACAAGGAGCAAAUGGAGAUGUAUGCUGAUGUUGAUGCUCGUGCCGGUGUGUUGGAAGCUGAGGGUAUCGUCGAGAUCAAGAUGCGUCGCGACAAGCUGCUUGGACUGAUGGAGAGACUUGAUGAGACCUAUGCUUCCCUCAAGCGUGACAGCAAAGAUGCCAGCAAGACACCCGAAGAGCGUGCUGCUGCCAAUGCUGCCUUGUCGAGCCGCGAAAAGCUGCUCGCACCAACGUACAAGCAGAUCGCCCUUCUGUUUGCCGAUCUCCACGACCGUGCUGGUCGUAUGGAGGCCAAGGGCUGCGCUAAACCAGCUGUGUGGAAAGACGCGCGUCGACACUUCUACUGGGCCGUGCGCGCGCGCGUCGCAAAGUCUGCUGCUCUUCGCGAACUCGCCGAUGCUAGCCCUGGAGCUACGUACGAGUACCGUGCCAGGCUCCUCGAUACCCUUGCCUCGCUCGAGCCAACCACGCCUUACCGCCAGAUGGCCGAAAAUCUUGAGGAUUUGGACCUCACACCUACAAUCGCCCAAUUACGCGCUGACUAUCUCCUGCGGCGCCUGUUAGAGCUUGCCAAGGAAGAUCGCAAAGCGACGAUGAAUAGCAUCAUGCGUCUAGCGGACAGUAUGUCUGAAGAUGAGAAAACGUCGCUGAUUGGUGUUCUACAAACCUCCUCUCGCUCACCAGGACCUCCGUCGUACGCUCACUCCUCGUAAAAUGUGUAACCAGCACGCGCAUGUUAGUUGUAAUUAUAUCAUUUUUUCUCUUCCACUCGAUACGUUUACCCUCAUCUGCUGUAUAACCACUUCAACAUACAUAGACGUACUUUAUUUGCCCCCGCAUUGCUUUACAUGACCGGAUAUAAAUGAUGAUGUCCGCUUUCCAUCAGUACUGAGUAGUUCUGCUUUAUUGCCCGUAGACAGCCCUGAAAGAAUUUAGAACGUUGCCUUUGCUGAUAUGAGGAAUAAUAAACAUUCUCUUCUUCCUCUCUCCAUGAAAGAUAGGUAAAUCUGUGGAAGGG